AUGAUUAAACCAGGGAAGCCAGGUUUGAAUUGGGCAAGGAGACAUAAGAUUGCACUUGGAAUAGCGAGAGGGCUCUCUUAUCUUCAUACAGGACAAGAAGUUCCUAUCAUCCAUGGGAACAUUAGAUCCAAAAACGUCCUCGUGGACGAUUUUUUCUUCGCUAGGCUCACUGAGUUCGGUCUAGACAAGAUAAUGGUACAGUCAGUAGCCGAUGAGAUCGUCUCUCAGGCGAAAUCCGACGGGUACAAAGCUCCUGAGCUUCACAAGAUGAAGAAAUGUAACCCGAGGAGCGAUGUUUACGCCUUUGGGAUCCUUCUCUUGGAGAUACUGAUGGGUAAGAAACCUGGAAAGAGCGGUGGAAGAAAGGGUGGCGAGUUUGUUGAUCUUCCUUCUUUGGUUAAAGCCGCUGUGUUGGAGGAGACGACGAUGGAGGUUUUCGACAUGGAGGCAAUGAAAGGUGUUAGGAGCCCAAUGGAAGAAGGUUUGGUUCAUGCGUUGAAGCUAGCGAUGGGAUGUUGUGCUCCUGUUACAACGGUUAGACCGACCAUGGAAGAGGUUGUGAAGCAGUUGGAAGAGAACAGACCGAGGAAUAGAUCUGCGUUGUACAGCCCGACAGAGACCAGAAGCGAUGUCGAGACGCCGUACUGA